CAGCCGUGGCCGAAUAGCGUAAACCGAAACUAUAUCAAUUAAGGUUUUAGAGAACCGGAUGAAAAGAAAGGACAGAAAACCUAAACAAAGAGAGUAAAGUUUACAGUCGCCGAAGUCACUAUCUCCCCUUUCUUCAUACGUAAUUGGUUUCUGGAGCUGCUGAAGAAGAUGCAGAAGAAGCGAAAGAUUGAGGAAGUUCUGUACCCUCCUGAGCUUCUUGAACAACUCAAGAACAAAGAUGACCAGAUCAAAGCAUUGGAGAACGAACAAGCAAAGAUGUUGGCUGAAUUGGCCGAAAGCCGAAGGUUAAUGGCUGAAAAACAAAGGUUACUGGCUGAAAUGAAACAAAAGCUGGGCAAAGACUUUCCUCUAGAUUUUCAAUUGUAAACUGUAAUGUAUUUGCUACUUUAUUUAUGAACUAGUGGUCCCCCGGGGAUGUUGUAUUUAUUUCUCUUUAACUAUCUUGUUCUACUUGCCUUAUAAUUAAUCAAAACAAAUCAACCAGUCAAAAAACAGCAUUAACAUACACAUACAGACACAAACACAUGAGUUACAAUGUGUAUCACAUGUAUAAAAGAAAAUACCACACCAUAAUGGUUUUGUGAAUAACAAGAGACUGUAAACAAUAUUCAAUCAGACCACGGUCAUACCAAACUGGUUUUCAUUUUGAUUAUGUGAACAACACAAAGGACUAGUAGUCAUUGAAACGACUAGAAGGAAGCAAGGGCUUAGGGAGAUUAAGUGGCAUAGUACCUGCACCACCUUGGCUUGUGGCCGAUGUACGGUGAAGCCUACAACGGAAGGACCCUUCAUGCUUUGUUGGAGCACAUAUGCAUGUCUUCCCCAAAGGGUUGCUGCUACCGAGGAGACCAAGCGAGUCCGUGGACCAAGACUUCCUCAUUGACAAUCCUGUCUUGCUUUUGCCAUCGUUUUCGUCGUUGAGCACACGGCUAAAUGGAUUCUUGGUUUUCAAUGACUCUCUGCUGCUACUGCCGGUCAAGGUCUUUUUCGGUUUCGCCUCCUCCAUGAAUCAGAAUCGUUAACUUGGAAAAAAAAAUCUAAGAUGAGAUAUGAUUCUUGUGAGAUGACUU